UCACUUCAUGGUGCCCAAUUCAAGUUUGUUGCCUAAGUCUUUCGUUUGGCCAGCGCAUUCUUUUGUCCAACUGGGCAUAGACAUUGAGCAUAUGUGUGCGUGUGGAUUUAACUAUGUGAGUGAGUGCUUGGCCAAAAAUAAACAGCCCAAGGACCUCGACAUGUGUCUAUGGAAACUGUUGCAAUUGUUGUUCAAAUAUAAACAAACGAUAUGGGAGUGCUUAAUUUAGCCGGCUAACGGUAUAUAUGGUAUGAUGAUUGGUGAUAAAGUACCAGGCCAUAAGUGUGGAAACCGGUUGUCGGCAGUCGUCUCUUAACAUUCAGUGGGCACGCUAUCCAGCAUUUUCCAAAAAAUAGAUACUGUAAUUAGAAAAGCUACAAACAGGAACCCUACAAUGCAUAGAUGCUAUUGCGGCGAGAUGAGAUCCGGAAAUGUGCAAUAUCAGCAGCAAAUUCCACUGCAAAAACAGUAUUAUCAACUGCAGCAGCAGCAUUCACGGGGCGAUCUGAGGUCAGUGACCUCAUCUUCGAGACAAAGCCUGCGACCCACGCAAUUCAUAAAGCGUCCCAGCCUGAAAACCCCGCCCAGAUUUGGGCUAGGACACUCCAGCACCGAGCUGGCCAAUGACUUUUGUCGCCGGAACUCCACGGCCACCACGGUGAGUCAUUGCUCCAGCUGCAGCUGCAAUUCCUCCCAGCACCGCCAGCAGCAGAGCAGGGCCAAGGUUUUGCGAUGGGGCUGGGAGCGAACAGGAGGUGUUGACACCUCCAACAGCAACACCAACAGCAAUCAGUACGAAAAGUACACGGACAAUCGACGGCUUUAUGAGCAGAGCGCAUGCGUCGCCAGUGGCCAGAGGAACCAAGGUCAGGGUCAGGUUCACAGUGGCAACUCAUCGCCAUCGCCACGCCCAGUUCAGUGUUUUUCCCAGCCAUCAACGGAUGAACUGCAGCAACUGCAGGCGCUGCAGCACUUCCGCCUGAUGAAUGCCUCCGAUUGUUUCAGUGAUGUUCGCCAGGAUGAGUUGCGCCUGCAACAAGCCUAUGAUAAGCUUAAUUCCAGCCAUACGGACAAGUGGAACAAGGAUCGGGCUAACGAGAGCAGGCAGCAGGAUGGCGCAGCAAAGAGUACCACGCCCUAUGCCCUUCGGCAAAAGUUGCUGCAGUUGAGCCUCCAAGAGGAUGAGAGGCGUGGCAGGGGCACAGGCGCCAUGUGUGCUCCGCUUGGGAAGAGUUGUGCCCUUAGAUACAAUUAAAAUAAAUUAUUAUAAUAACAAAAUAGUAUUAGAAAUUAUACAUUUUUGCAACUAAAAUUAAAGCUAUAAAAAUAUUUUACGGAUUUUAGAUGCCAUAUUAAAUUAAAAAACCCUGACUAUACCAUUUAUCAUCAAAUGUUAUUUUCAAGUAAAACCACAACUUCAAUUUCAUUUUUAUUGCUAGUAUGUAUUUCAUUUUUCUUUUAAUAAAACAGUGCUAUUUUGUUACAAGUGCUUCGUCAUUGUGUUCUUUUUGUUUAAUUUUUAUUUUUUUUGUUUCUUUUUUUAUCUCUUUUUUAAAUAAUUUUUAUGUUUUGCAAUUUGCGCUUUCAAUGCAUUAUUUUCUUUCCCCUUGUCUUUUCUAAUUAAUUUUUUUUUUGUUUUUACGAUAUUACGUUAUAAAUUUCUUAUGACUUGUGUGGGGGUCUUGAAAACAGCCGAUGUCGUACUGGAUCGCGAUAUUACAAGUACCAUAUAUAGUCGUAAAUAUACGUUGAAUUCAUUACAACAUUGAACAGAGUACUAGAGUGUGAAAUAGACGAGGACUCAUAUUUUUUUGCUUUUGUUUUCCGUAGGUUACGCGAUUGUUAGUAGGUUGGUUGGUUGUCGGGCGGGGAUUAUACAAACGAAACCAUUUUGGGUAAGUUGCGUCAGGCUGAAUCGCUCCGGAUCGCUGCCUGCCUGGGCAUAAUACUUGUAAUUAAAUGUGGCGGCCUUUAGCACUAGAAUGUACCGACGACAGUAGUCGUA